CAAGGUCACAAUGCUCUUCUAUUAUAGGUCGUCUCAUUCUAGAAGCAGAAACGAAGGCGGUAGAAAUAAUCAAACGGCAAGGCUAGGUGGGAACGAGAAGCGAAGUUACGACAGGAACAGGCAGAAUUCCAGCUCUUCGUUGAGGAAAGACGACAAGCACUCUGAGCACAACGCGGCUUCAGAGGGUCACGUGAAAGAUUCCGAGCACGAGGAGAAAGAUGAGAAGACUUCCGUGAAUGGAGAUAGCGAAGGGUUCCAAGAGGUCAAGAGCAAGAAGAAUCUGAAGGAAAGGCAGAAGAGUAUGGACGAGAAGCCCAGUAAAAACGGACAGAAUAAGGAUGUCAAGGAUAAGGAUGUCGGAAAGGAUAAGGAGAGAGAUAAUAGGAGGAACAAAAAUAUGUCUCAGCUAACCGCUCAGCAACAGCAGCAGCUGAUCCAGAACAUCCCGCCCCUGAUGGGCACUCCCGUGAACCCGCCCGCCGGCAUGACGUCAUCACUGUCCCAGCAACCGCCACCCUGCCAAUCGUCCAAGAAUCAGUUCGACGGCAGGCCGAGACCGGCCAAAUUGGCUCCGAGGUUCGCCAAGCAGAAGCUGAAAGCCCAGAUGCAGCAGCACGGAGGCACCGGCUCAGGUGGGGGGAUCGGUGCCGUUGGUGAUAUGGCCGCUGAUAUCAAUAAGGGCCUGAAUGUAUAUGGUAUGAAGGAUUCUGCCUCGUCCCAAGCUAGCGUGUCCGCGUGCGCCUGGGACAAACCAUUAGGUUCGCAGCUGAGGAAUCUAGAUCACGAUAACGUCAUUGGUGUCUCCAUAGACCACGUUAAGGGAUUGGAUGCGGGCCAGCCAUCUCCCCAGGGUGCUAGCCCUAACAGUGAGAAGCUCCAAGACAAGCCCUUGCUGGAUGGUGCCACACCCCCUGUAAAUACGAUAAUCUUCGAGAACACAAACUUCAAGCAAGCUCCAGGAGCGAGAUCGACUCGCACUGACAGCAAACCUCGCACGGGCCCCGUCGGCGCCUCUACCGGCAGCGGUGGGAAGCUGGAGGAGAGCGCUACGUCUCCAGGGAGCGUCAUCGACGGCUCCGCCAUGAUGGGCGGUUUCAACAAGGCCGGCGUCAUCAACGAACUACUGCAAAACAAGGAUACGAAGUCCGACGGCGGUAUCCAACUACCCUUAUUCAAAGAAGAUUCUGCCGACAUGAAGCUGGACUUUUUCGGCUCCGAUUUGCAGUUUUCAUCCUCGGAUGACAAAGGAAAGAACUUGUGCAUGGCGAAAUCUAUACACGCUAUAGCCAGCGGUAACAAUACUGUGGACAGCUUGGAUAUAAAGAUAGCGUCAGUGAAAAAGGUGUGGGAAACCUCGGAGCAGGAGAGUGAGGAGAUGAGUUUUGUGGGUCCUCCGUUGGAUUCUAAUGUGUUCAAUCAGAACAAGGAUGCUUCUGACGAGGCUCACCAUCAUCACGACGCGUACACCUCAUCACCAAACCAAUCUGUCAGCACAACAACUAAUGUGUGCAAGGUGAAACCGACGCAGCAAGUAUCCGGUGGUACCGGUACAGGCGGUACCGGCACCGCUCAAACUGUAUUGGGCGCAGCGUCCGGCGGCCACGGGCAACAGCACAGCGGCGGAGGUGGGGCCAUGGUAGCCCCCGGCCUGAUGGGAAAUCCGUUAUCGCCACCGCCGCCGAUGCCGCAGGUGUUGGGCGCCGCGGCGGCAGCGGCAGCAGCAGCCGGCGUCGGAUUAGGACCGCAACAGUACACGACCAAUCAGCACAUGGGGUAUCAGGCGAGCCUGUCCGGCAGCACCCAAUACGGCAUCCCAGCUAUCCCUUCGCCCCCCACGGUGCCGUUGGUGUACGGCCAAUCGACUCAGCAGCAGCUUCAAGCGGCAGCCGCUGCUGCGCAUCAAACCGCAGCUGCCGGUCUGUACGGCGCUUUCCAAAUAGACCAGAUCGGCCAAGGCCGGUCACAGUUUUCGCAGUACCCGUCUGCGUACCACGCGCACGGGGGCUUAGGACAGACGGCCAGCAGUCCCUAUACUACCCAGUCUGUCUACCUGCAGGCAGGGCCCCCUCACGCACCUCCCCCUCCAACGGCAGCAACGGCUCAAGCGCCACCUCCCGACUUGUAUUCGAACUACCGAUUAUCGGCCGCGUUCGGUCAAGGUGGCCAGUUGAGCAACCCGUCUACGAUGUUGAUCAGCUCUACUACAAACAGCCUCAUGUCGGCGUCGUCGGUGAAACCUGCUGGCGGGCAAACCAUUAGUGCAAUAGAUCAAGUCCCCGGUGAUCUGGACUCCGACCAGCCGAAAUUAACGGCUCUUUGGCAGAAUGCAGCCAUGCAUCGAAACCGGAUGAGCGCCAGGACGUUUUUUAUUCGUCAAGAAACAGUGCUCUGUUUUGGAACCAUUAAACUGUACUCCAAGCAUAACCUCCAGGUCUCUCGUCAAAGAGGAAGUCGCUGCUAGACUUCUUCUUUCCAGCUCAUUGGCAGAGAUCGGUUUGCCGCUCUGAAUUCCUGCAUGGAGGUCUUUGAUGUGUAGGAGGAACAGCGUCGGAGCCAAGAUCGAUCCCUGGGGAACACCCGCGUUGAUGUUGUGGGAUGAAGAGGAGAACUCUUCAACUACGACGGAUAUCUUGCGGCCAGGGAAAAAGCCACCCACUCAUCUGUAAAGCUUCUCUGGAAGUUUGCAUAAGAGGGCAGCAUGCCACAGCUGAUCCAGGGCUUUCGUGAUAUCCAGAGCAACGACAUGAGCCUCACAAAUAAUGGUACGAAGGCGGGCGGCGUCGGCCAAGCCUUCCAGCCCUCCCCCGCACAGCAGUCUGCGGUCAGCCAGCAAUCUCAACAGCAGCAGCAACAACAGCAACAGCAAGUCGCGUACGCGAUGUACGACCCGUCGAUCGCCGCCGCGGCCGCCAAUUAUCUUGCGGCAGGCGGACCGGGGAUGCGGGGCGGACCGCCUUCGGGCAAUCCCAGCUCGGCUGCGGUGCAGAAUAGCGUCGCUGCGGCUGCGGCAGCUGCAGCCGUACAGGGCUUGCAGCCAUCGUCUUCAUACUACUCUGGAUCGACCAGUCAAACUGGUUACUUCCAACAACCCGGCAACUCGUCCAUGCAAUCCACCCAGCAACUUUCGCAGCACCAGGCCGGCUAUGGUCUGCAAGGGAACGUGUUCGGUUCGCACGGCCAGUCGCACACCGGCACCGGAUUGCAGAGCUACAACUCCCAUUUUUUGACGACGCCCAUGCAGGUAGCGGCAGCUUUGAAUGCCCAACAGUUCCGUUCGGGCUUGCCAGCUGCAGCUGCGGCCGCUGCCUACAUGAAAGGCGUUGCUGGACAGCAAAUGGGAGACCAAGCAACCAGAGCUCAACAGCUCAAAAGCCCUGGUAGCCAGGAAGUGCUAUCUUCAGUUUUUAACACUGGACCCCAAAUCCCUUCGCCAAAAUCAAGACAGAACAUGAAGCAGCCCCCUCCCCAAUCGAGCCCCACUGCUCAACAAAAAUACAACCUGUACCAAGCUGUGGGUAAUCAACAAAACCCAAAUAUUCAAAGGUAUCCCCCGCCGAUACAGAGACCGGUAAAUUACCAACAGAUGCAACAAAAUAAUUCCGUGAAUCAGAAGCACAGAAGUGGUAAUCCCGGCGGCUACAAAGCUCCGAACAGGCAAUAUUAUGGCGGACAGAGUAAGUGAUUCACCACAAAUUCAUAUGAGUAUCGAACGACAAGUCAGAGGAUUCAAAGAUGAAUGACUCGUCAGGUCUGAAUAACACAAAUAAUCCCAGUAUUACCAAAUCAGCAAUUUCCGCUGCCAGUGGUACGACAGAAAAGGAUAAAAUUAAGGAAGAAACAUCAGCGUUGAAGGACUAAAAAUUUAUCUUUAGAUUUGUUUACUUUAAGUGCUAAAACAAUGUUUGUAAAUUAUGAAAAUUCACAGGAAUGAUUGUAGUUGUAAAGGAAUUAUUUCGUAACAAUUUGUAUUAAAAUGUAUGAGAUUUUUUCAAAAGCGAUUAUUUAUUGUCUUAAUUGUGCUGUAAACGUAUAUAGAUACAAAGCAUUUUAGCUUUUCUCGAAGGGUCUCCAAUCUAGAGUCGUAGGUAUUGUAUAUGUUACUUUUCCAUACAUUCUUGUUUCCUUUCUUGAAAAUAUAUUCAAUUUUUUUCUUAAUAAAACGUAAUUGUUGA